AUGAGGAAAGCACUAAUGCUGGUCCAGGAUGAUGUCAUGCACUUUAAUCCAGCUGCCCGCAGGUUCUUAUUCAGCCUGCUUGCAGAAAUGUCUAGCUCUAACACCAACACUGGAGGUCCCAGUGCCAGCGCUCCUGCUGCUGCGACCCCGGCUGCUUCAGGUGAGGAGGAAGAGGAUGAGGGAGACUCUAACACGCUUCUGACGGUUCACUCCGUUGACCUCCUGAAAUCCAAGGAUGGGCCGAACCGGCGCGAGCAUCGCACAGAAGCUUACUUUAGCGACAAGCUGAUCGUCCGCAGAGGACAGACCUUCCAGAUGUGGAUCGAGUUCUCGAGACCCUUCAACCCCAAAUCUGACCGUCUGCAGCUGCAGCUGAAGUUAGAGCCGAUCUUCAGCAGAAGUACCGGGAUUCACAUCUCUGUCCCGUUAGUGGACGUCCUGGAAGACGGCCGCUGGGAGAUGAAGAUCGGCGGUCAACACUCUUCCCACCGCCUCCAUCGGCCGCUACAAGGUGACCGUGGAGUCUUUCUCACCGAAGGAUCGGCGGUCAACACUCUUCCCACCGCCUCCAUCGGCCGCUACAAGGUGACCGUGGAGUCUUUCUCACCGAAGGGCAAGCUGCUGUUCCCCUGCACCCCGAACGACGUGUACAUGCUCUUCAACCCCUGGUGUGAAGAUGAUCCUGUGUAUCUGGAUAAUGAAGCGGAAAGGAAAGAGUAUGUUCUGAAUAGCAUGGGCAAAGUUUACUACGGAACCGAGCAGCAAAUUGGAACCAGAACAUGGAAUUUUGCUCAGUUUGAACAGGAUAUCCUGGAAGCGUGUCUGUUCCUGUUGGAGAGAGGUCAGGUCGCUAUGACCGAAUGGAGAGAUCCAGUGAUCGUGUCCAGAAUGGUAUCUGCUCUGGUGAACUCCAACGAUGACUACGGUGUUCUGAUGGGUAACUGGAAAGACAGCUAUGAGGGCGGGACGUCUCCCACCGCCUGGAGCGGGAGCGGCGACAUCCUGAGACAGUAUUACAAAAGUUCAGGGAAGCCCGUCAAAUUCGCCCAGUGCUGGGUUUUCGCGGGAGUCACCAAUUCCGUGUUGAGAUGUCUCGGUAUUCCCACCCGCUGUGUGACCAACUUCAGCUCGGCUCACGACACGGACCUUUCCUUGACCACAGACAUUUAUAUUGAUGAGAAACUGGAAAUCAUCAAAGACAAGACCAGCGAUUCUGUAUGGAACUUCCACGUGUGGAACGAGUCCUGGAUGACCCGUCUGGACCUCCCGGAAGGUUACGGCGGGUGGCAGGUGGUGGACUCGACCCCUCAGGAGCCCAGCCAGGGUUCAUACCGCUGCAGUCCCACCCCCGUCUCCGCCGUCCGCAACGGACAAGUCAACCUGAAAUUUGACACUCCGUUUGUCUUUGCCGAAGUAAACAGUGACAGAAUCUACUGGCAGAAGAAACCCGAUGGAAGUUUCAGUCAGGUUCAUGUGGAGAAGAACUCCAUCGGUCAGAGCAUUAGUACUAAAGCUGUGGGAUCUGAUGCGCGUGUGGACAUCACACACCUCUACAAAUACCCAGAAGGUUCAGAGGAGGAGCGCAUUGCUGUGGAAAGGGCCAGUCGCUUCGGCUCCAAACCAACUUUGUAUCCAUCCCCCACCGGCAACGACGUGAGUGUUGAGAUCGUCAUGGAUGGGACAGGGCCUUGUAUCGGUGGAGACGCCAAACUCUCCAUCGCCCUGAAGAACAAAAGCUCAAAUCAGCGCACGGCCAGUCUGCUAUAUGAGGUGAUGGUCAUGAACUACACUGGAGUGCUGAAAUCCACUGUGAAGAAGGACCGGAUUCCUGUCACCCUCAAACCGCAAGAGACCAAGACUAUUCCUUGGACUCUGCUGUAUAAGGAGUACAUGAAACAUCUGGUGGACCAGGGCGCUCUGAUGCUCGCGGUCACCGGACGAGUCAAUGAGACCCGGCAGAUUCUGGCCACACAGUUCAACUUCAGACUGCGCACACCAGACCUCAUCAUCACUGCUCUAGGGGAUGCUGUGGUGGGUAAAGAGUUGACAGUCAAAAUCACGUUCCAGAACCCGCUGUCACAAGUGUUGAGGAACGUUUUGUUCCGUAUAGAGGGAUUGGGAAUGCAGAGCAUUAGGAAGAUCGCAUAUGGUAAUGUGGAUAAGCUUGCGAUGGUUACACUGACGGAGAAGUUUGUUCCCACCGUCGCCGGCUCUCAAAAGCUCCUGGCAUCAAUGGACUGCCGUCUGCUCACUCAAGUGCACAGAGUCGCUGAUAUUGUGGUCAAACCAAAGUAAAAAAGCACUGUCAUUGUAAAGCCUUCUAAUGCUCUCAGUUGUCGUGAGGAUAU